AUGAAACGCUUGUGCAUCAUUUUAAGUACACUGCCUGUGUUAACUGCACUUCACAUUCCGGAGUGUGUGUUCGACAAAAAUCGGACACUGAAUGAGGAAAUACUGAAACGGUCCAAAACUUUUACGGGAGUAGAUAUGACUUAUGAUUGCAUCAGUGUAACUUUAGCCCAAGCCUUCAUCGGCCAAGAACGGAAGAAUGUGCCUUCUAAACGAGGUCUUUAUAUUCGCACCUUCAAACCAAUAGGCGAAAGACUGCUCUACCUGUACCUGCCGAUUCUCGUCCUACUGGAGUACCACACGCUGAACGGGAAAGGUUUUGGGUGCGCAUAUCCUAAAAUCAACACCACUCACGCCAUAUGCGUGUUCAUGCCGCUCACAUGGGAGUGA